ACGUUUUUUUCCGAAUUCGCUCAUCAAACUCGUCUAAAUUGUUGAUACUGUGACACUGUAUUGUAUUGUGCAUCAUUCGUUGCAAUUUGGUGAUUUGUGGAUCGUGUAUCGUCUGAUUACAGCGUCUUACAAGUUUUGCAGACAAACUCGUGGCGCUACGUUCGUGAUCGUUGAUGGCCCAACGCAUUCGAAUCAUCACAGCUGGGUGUCACUUUUAUUAAUCCCCGUAUGAGCUGCAUCAUCGGCACCUCAUAAUUCUGUCGUCAAGCCUGGAUCCGACAAGUGCAAGUGCUGGCCUUAUAAUGCCACCUUAUAUACAAUCAAACGGUACCAGUACGCCGCCAAACACUCUGCUGUUUUCGUGUCGGCCCGACGCUACGGACCAAGUGGAAACUCGGGUGAAAUGCGUGUUGGUUGGCGAUGGAGCAGUCGGUAAAACCAGCCUGAUUGUCAGUUACACGACAAACGGUUAUCCCACGGAAUACAUUCCUACGGCCUACGAUAACUACGCCGUCGUUGUAAACGUUGACAACAAACCGGUACGGUUGCAGCUGUGCGAUACAGCUGGUCAGGAUGAUUUUGACUCCUUGCGACCUCUGUGCUACCCACAAACAGAUGUUUUCCUGGUAUGUUUCAGUGUUGUCUCCCCCACAUCGUUUCAUAAUGUUGUCGAGAAGUGGGUACCGGAAGUGCGGAAACACAAUAAAAAGACUCCCAUCCUGCUUGUUGGCACCCAAUGUGAUCUCCGCAAUGACGUAAAAGUACUUAUAGACUUGGCUAGGUUCCACGAACGGCCUAUCUCUGAGGAGGAUGCGCGAUCUUGUGCCGCCAGGAUUAGUGCAAUAAGUUACAUUGAAUGCUCAGCGCUGACCCAAAAGAACAUGAAAGAGGUGUUUGACACUGUGAUACUGACAUCACUUAAGUUAAGCUCACAGGCACAGGAAAAGAAAAAGAAAUCUAAGAAAAUAAAGUACCGUGUCAGCGACACUGAACAUGUUAAGAAGGGGUGGAAAAAACUAUGCUGCUUUGUUUGAGGUACUGUGACAGAGAAAGUCUUUACAUGGAAGCUCACAGAGUUAUCAUCUACAAAAACUGACAUUACAACUAGCAUCUUGAGGCAUUUACUUCCGCCCUCUUGCAAUAGUAUACAUAGAUAACAGAAUAAUCAGACUACACAUACUGUUAAACAGUGAUAACUUUGCAUUGAUUGAACCCACAGUCGGUCUAGCCAUGAUUACAUGUCAUGUGAUAGCUGCUGCCUGAAGGUCUACACCACCUCUCUAAUUUCGCUGUCUAUUGACUUAUUCUGGCUUGGUGAUUUGUAAUAAGUGCAAUGUGCUUGGAGGGUCACAAUCAGAUUUUUUUUUAAAACAAAAAAAAAACGACAGACUUGUCAUUUACAUAUAUUGUGCUUCAUGCAAUUGCCAUGAGUAAUAAAGCCCUGCUGUAUAAAUUUCUGUCCAUAUAUUUGAAUUGCAUAUCUUAGUUAGAAAUAAAUUAGGGCACCAGUUAUUUGACAGCAUGAGCAAACAUACUAGCCAUUUCAUUAUUAGGCAUUUAUUUUAUAUAUGUGUUUAUAUUGUCUAGCUGCCAUUACCAUACAAGUUACCAAGGUGAUUACUGACUCUUUGCAUGCAGUGUGGUCGCCAAGACACCACCACCACCACCACUAUGUGAUGUUUCGUAUAUUAUUUCAGUGGUGAACUUUUGGCUGGACAACACGACUGCUAAUAUUUAGGAAACAAUUUUUAAGAUGCAAAGGGUCUAGUGCUAGAAAACCAGCAACAAACUUAGUUAUAUUUAUAAUAUAUAUUUGCAUUGUAAAAUUUGAUCCAAACCAAUUUUUGACAUUUUUAUUCCAGAAGUGCAUUAUUGUAUAUUAUAAAUUUUCUGAUAAAUUUGAUGCAGGUCAGGCUCCAAUACCUUUCCCCUUUUAUCAUACCACAUUUCAUGUAGAAAUUACAUUCUGUGGCUUUUCUCUGAUGGGACUCGUCAACGAAUCAGAGAGCGUUUCAUGCUGUACGUUCAUAACACAAGUUAUGAGUCAUUGUUUGAUCAAAUGUGAUUUGAAUGUUAUUUCCAUUAUGAAAUGUUGGAGCCAGCCUUGACACAAAAAAGUAUCUUUUAAAACAUCAUACAGUAAUUUAUUCCGAAUUUAAGCUUAUAUGCUACUAGACUAUGAAUUAACUUGUCACAUUGGUUGCCAAUAGAUUUUUAUUGCAUAAAAAUAAAAAAUAAAAUUUUGGUUAUAAAAA